GAGAAACAAAUCUCACAAAUAGAAAAACUCUUUUCUCUGUUAAAAAUAAAAACAAAAAUAAUAAUAAUGGCUUCUUCGCAAGCCGCUCUUCUCCUCCAAAAACAGCUCAAAGACCUAAACCGUCAUCCCGUCGACGGCUUUUCCGCCGGUUUAGUCGACGAGAACAACGUUUUUGAAUGGAGUAUCUCAAUCAUCGGUCCACCGGAAACUUUAUUCGACGGCGGAUUUUUCAACGCUACAAUGAGUUUUCCGACGGAUUACCCUAACAAUCCACCGACGGUGAAAUUCACAACGGAGAUCUGGCAUCCGAAUGUUUAUUCUGACGGUAGGGUUUGUAUAUCGAUUCUUCAUCCGCCAGGUGACGAUCCGAAUCAUUAUGAGCUAGCGAGUGAGCGGUGGACGCCGGUUCAUACGGUGGAGAGUAUUAUGCUGAGUAUAAUUUCGAUGCUUACCAGUCCGAACGAUGAAUCUCCGGCGAAUGUUGAUGCGGCUAAGGAAUGGAGGGAUAAUAGGGCGGAAUUUGUGAAGAAGGUGAAGAGAUGCGUGAGGCAAUCACAAGAGAUGUUGUGAGCAAAAACUUUACUUUACUUAACUUGCAAGGAAUUUUUUUUCUCGUUUUCUUUUAGGUAUCUAAAUUAACAAAAUUGCUGAAAAUUGGCUAAAAAAUUAUGGUUUUUGCUUAUUAGAUUGUGUUUUGAUAUUGUUGAAUUAUAGUUUUUGCUUUUUCUGCAAUUUUAAUUGCUUAUUUAUUCGAAA